AGAAGGUUCGUGUCGACUGAUCAGUACGACGGUUGUCGAGGGUUUUACCCAAUUUUUUAAUCACAAAUGGGCCCCGUCGCCUAGCGUUUCCUCCUCUGAGCCUUGCCAACAGACACCUUGAGCUACUUUUGGUGCUGUUUUAACAUCGGCAGACGUCGAAAAGGGUUUCCAUCACUGCGUGCACAAGGCUAGAGGAAUGGCAGCCAUCCCAUCCAGUGGCUCCCUCGUGGCCGCCCAUGACUACUAUCGCAGGCGCAUCGGUUCCACCUCCAGCAGCAGCUCCUGUGGUAGCUUGGAGUCCUCUGGGGAGCUCAUCCCACACCACCCAGGUCUUCCCCGGCAGGAUUCUGGCCACUGGUGGUCCACUUUCUUUUUUGGGAAGCAUAAUCAGCCUGGUAUGAUCACCCAGGCUGAGUCCCAGCAAAAGGUGGGCGUGACCAAUGGGGCCAAUGGGCAGGUGACCUGUGUUGCCAGGGAGAUGGUGAUGAAGAGGCAGCUGAGUGAGGGCAGCGAGGCGGGUGGUGCGGACGCAGGGGGGGCUCCCCCUCCCUCGUGAGCCGCAGUGCUGCAGGCUGCUGCUAGGCGACGGCGGCGCCUCUCCGUUUUUUAAAAUUUUCUUUUUGGUAGCAGUGGGUUGCUUUUUGUUCGAAUGUUUUGGCUUUUUGUUUAAUUGGCUGUGUGAGCAACAUAACAUGUAAUAGUGUAACAGGGGAUGUGCUUGUGUGACCCAUCCCAUUUCUCACUUGAAAUAAAGUAACCUUGCAGCCCG